AACAAAGGUUCCCAGAGGUCUUUGCAGGUUUCUGGUUGAUCCAGAUCUGUAUUGCCUCCUUGAGAAGCACAGCAUGUCUGAAUGUGUCUGCUGAAGACUGAGCUUUCCCAGAGGUGUCUUGGCUCCAGUCCUGUGACCUCCUCAGGACAUCUGGAUACAGCAACCCUUUAUGUUUGAUGAUGGUGGAUAAUGGAACCUCCUCCCUCUAAGAGAAUCAAGUCCACUCAUCCUGAUAAUGAUGCUACGAUAGUAUGCCAACAGCCUUUAUUUGUGGACUCCACUUUCCCUGAGGAUGAAGCUCUGCAUAAGGAGGAAGUAAAGUGGAAGAGGCCCAGGGAAAUCUGUGAAUGUCCACGCUUUAUUGUGGAUGGAGCCACCAGAAUGGAUGUUUGCCAGGGGAACCUGAGUAACUGCUGGUUCCUCUCAGCCGUGGCCUGUCUGUCACUGUACCCUCACCUCCUGGAACAAGUCAUGCCCAUGGAACAAGACUUUGGAGAUGGGUAUAAUGGAAAGUUUAGAUUCCAGUUCUGGCAGUAUGGGCGUUGGGUUGAGGUAGUGGUAGACGAUCAACUGCCCACCGUGCAGACCCUUCAGAAUGGAAAGACUCACUACAAUUUACUUUUUGUGCAUUCUAAGGACAAGGACGAAUUCUGGAGUUCAUUGCUUGAGAAAGCCUAUGCCAAGCUUAAAGGUGGGUACUCUGCCCUACAAAUGGGCUUUGCUGGAGAAGCUCUGGAAGACAUGACUGGUGGUGUGGUACAGAGCAGUGAUACCAACUGCCCAGCUUCAGAAUUAUGGAGGCACCUGGACAAUAUGCUUCAGAGAGGAGCUCUAAUCUGCUGUGGAAACACUGAGGGAGAAGUUGAAACGUCGAAUUUGAUGGGCAUUCUCGGCCAUCACAUGUACUCAGUGACAGAAACCAAAUUAGUUCGGACCUUAAAUGGGCCAGUAUCUCUGCUCCGGGUCAGGAACCCUUGGGGACACACUGAGUGGACUGGACCCUGGAGAGAUGGGGGUCCAGAAUGGCAUACUGUGAUUGACUCCGAGCUGCCAGAGAAUGUAGUUCUAGAGGAUGGAGAAUUCUGGAUUGCAGUUGAGGAUUUCAAAACAAAUUUCCACUUUCUGGAGAUCUGUCACUUGGGAACCCAGAGCCUCUUGGAAACUGGCAGUGCUGCUAAACCCUGGGAGUAUGUGAUGUAUGAAGGGCGCUGGGUGAAAGGACUUUCAUCAGGGGGCAGCCCUACCUCUGAUUGUUAUUGGAUGAACCCACAAUUUUCACUGUCACUCUCAGGGAAUGAAAACACUCCAUGCAGCUUUAUUGUAUCCAUCAUGCAGAAACACCAGAGGUUACGAAAAACCACACAGCGUGUAGCUUGUCAUAUAUUUAAGGAGGGUGACACACAUGCAUAUCUGUUCCAAGACAAGCUGUGUUCCUUGCAGCCGAUUCUCAGUGCUGGGCCCUGUGUUAAUCACAGAGAAGUGGUAAUCUGCUCCAGCCUUCCUCCAGGAAACUAUAUCAUCAUCCCAUCUCUGGAGGAGUGCAACGAGGGGGAGUUUUUGGUCAGAGUCUUGACUGAAAAGGGAAAUUCUUCUAGGGCACUGGAAAACAACAUGGAGUGCAAAGAAAUUCUGAAACUGUCUAUGUGCCCAACUGAAGCUGAGAUUCUAAGCAGGUUCCUUAUGUUUGCAAACCAAGAUUGCAGAAUCAACUCUGAACAGCUUCAUAGUCUCUUGGCAUCCCUACUGAGUGAGUUUAUUCCUCUUGUGCCGAGUUUCCCUCCAGAGUCCUGUCGAUGUUUGCUGGCCUCCCAGGAUAUAUCAGCUGUGGGUUCCCUGGACCGGGAGCAGUUUUUCACACUCUGGAAGAAAAUCAUAGCUGGAACGCAAAUAUUCUGCAAUGCACAUAAAGACAACGAUGACAGAAUUUCCAUCCAUCAACUGGUCCCUGCUCUAAAGGCAGCAGGCCUCCCAGUAGAUGAUUUCUUAGUAAGACUUGUCCAAUUAGGAUAUGGGGACCCCGCUGGCUUUCUCACCUAUCAUCAUUUCAUCUGCUGUCUCCUAAAAUUUCAAAGUCUCACUGAUAAGUUCCAGGCUGCAGAUCCCACAGGGUCUGGCACAGUGACUCUAAGCUAUCGUCAGUGGCUACUACUGGGUGUAUACAGCUGAUAUGAUCUCAUAGAGAAGGACCACAUGGACUAUGCAGCAUGAAGAGGCCAUUGGUCAUAUAAAAACCUGUUUACUGUGUAGAACUUGAAAAGAUGGAUCUAAAAAAUCUCUGAAAUAGCAUUUCAAUCUGCCAAGAAAAAUGUAUGAAAAAUGGGGUUUAUAUGCCCAGCGAUAUUGCCCCAUUUUAUGAGGAAAUUUGGUAUCCUUGGACAAUUUUAAGUGUUUUCUGGCAAGAUGGAGAAAAACUUCCUACCUCAAAAGCUCCUAUUUCACAACCAUGUUGUUAUUUGUUCCAUGUGCUGUUAAAGUUUUGUUAUUCAUGGACAUGGACAUAUAACUAAAUAUUCAGCUAUGUCAAAUAAGCCAACUCUUUUCAAUGUAAUAAAUAUGAUUUCAAUGUAACAAACGUGAAUAAAUGUGUCUUUCUUUU